GAGUCAUUACGCUCCAACAUGCUGAAGGAGGAGUUGCCUGUCGUAAGCCUCAUCCUGGAGCGUCAGAGCCACCACCCGCUGCUUGAAGGAUUUCCGACUGCUGCACGUAUCGGCGACUUGCCCUUGUACCUCGGCGAGGCAGGUGCUGCACAGGUAAACGGCGGUGCAACAAUUACCCUGAUCUUUCAAUAACAAAUAUUCUAUUGGCACAGGACGCAGAGUUUCUGGAGACCAACAAGAUCCAAGCGGUUAUCGCGCUGGGUACCGGAAAUCUAACUGCGAAGGUUGCAAUUUUCUGCAUGUUGCUGCAAGCACAAUGACACGUGAUCUCACUAGGGUGUUCUACUGUAGCCAUGUGAAAUGCUGCUGAUCGACAUUUUGGACAUGGAGGAAGAGCUGCUGCUGCUGCACUUCGACGAGUGUAUAAGCUUCUUAAAGAGGCAUCUGAUGCGUGAGGAUGAACCGGCAGCGGUGCUUGUGCACUGCGUAUACGGUCAGUCGCGCAGCGCUGCCAUCUGCGUUGCAUUUCUGAUGGCUACGCAAAGCAAGACGCUGCUUGACUCCUAUGACGAGGUGCAGAAAGUUCGACCGUGCAUCACAAUCAAUCCUGGAUUCUUAAGGCAGCUAGAGCUGUUCGAGCGAAUGGAAAACAACCCGCAGAUUAUGAGCAGUACGCCUGCACACGCCGAGUUGCGGAUGAUGAUGGCAAAGCGGCAGCGUUUGAAGACAGGAGUAGCUGAGAUUGUCACCACCCCGCAACUCACACGUCCAGCGCAGUCUUUAUGCUGCCGGAAAUGCAACUACGUGCUGUGUACAACAAGAAACCAGUUGACACACACACCAGCCACAGGAGGAAUAUGUGCCGGCAUUUUUAUUGAACCGAUGCAGUGGAUGACAAUGAACCCUACCUUCAUGACGAAUAACGACGGCAAAUUGCUCUGCCCGUCAUGCAAGGCCAAGCUAGGCUCGUGGAACUGGAUCGGAGUCAAGUACGUUUUGCAAAGCUGCCACCCUCUUGAUCUGUUCAAUUAGACCUAACGUCUUGUGGACGUGUGUGCACGUUAGAUGCAACUGCAAAUGCUUCGUCAGCCCAGCGUUUCAGUUGGUUCCGAGUAGAACACAUUGCCGCGUGCUUUAGUGUGCACAACGAUAAACGGGUGCGGCCAUUAUGUCUAAGUAAGCUAAUGCUUGCUUGUUGUGCAUGUCGUCCGCUUUCAGGCUACGGCAGAUUCGCAAGCGGGAUACUGUACGGCAUGCGGUCGUAGUUUUGGUUCACACCCAGUCUGGGGUCGCCCCUAUGAACAAAGACAGCAACGCACAAAAUUCAGCAGGUCUAAGCGCAUAUCUUGAAUUGCGCGCUAUUCUCAAGGUGCCAACAUACUCUCGUGGUGGUAGCAGUAGCUCCUCUUGUCGAUAAACUCGACCGGGGCUCCGCAAGGCCAGCAUUGUGGAGUCCUGCGAGCAGUUAGUCCAAGUGGGGCAGCAGUUGUCGAUGCAGGGCGUGCCAGGUGUCUUCACUGACGUAAGCUCGAACACCUCUGGGCGGGUAUCACCUCUCGGCGUGAGGUCUCCAGCGCGGAAGUUGCAGUAGCCGUCCUUGCAGUACCCGCGCCGCGAGCAGAAUGCGGCAACGUCCACUCGCUGCUUCAUACUGCAGCCGAUACGCACCAGACACUGGCCCAAUUUACUGUCAAACACGACACAACACCAACAGCAACAGCAAACACAUCAGGAGUUCCGACAGCCAAAAACCAUCGCCACCAUCAGCACGCCACCUGUAGCAAGGACAGAGGUAACGCCGCGGGUCUUGGUACUGCACGGGGCAGUCCAUCCGACAAGCCUUCACUUGAUCAGGCAAACAUCCUUCCUCCACACAACAUUAGACUAUCAGCUUGUCAUCGUGCACUUGGAGGUCAUUCGCUGCAGCCGACGUCGGACGACACUUUGCCCUCCUUUUCGGCAAUGGAGUGUCGCGCGAAGUUGCGGCGUCGAGGCGCACUUACCUGCCGAGACCUGAUGCACCUUGGGCAGCGCCACCUUCAAAAGCAAAAGCCACGUCAGUCGCGAGUGCAUAGCAGAGACCACCGCGCGGUGGGUGCGAAACCCACUUUCCGAUGCGACGAAACGGGAGGGAGUGAUUACGCGGUUGCGCCAGCCUUGCCCUCCGUCUCUCCAUCAUCACGCGGCGAUAUGCAGGACUUCACUUGCCUGAGCGAGCGGAGCUUGCGGGGCCUGCAGUGUGAGGAGCAGCGUUGCAAGCAGCACAGCAAGAGGUGCGGCCGGAGUCUGCCUUCGAGCCAUCUUAAAGUGGAUUUGGUUAUUUUCGGAAAUAUCGGAAAUAUCGGCGGCUUUUCGCAGAACCGCUGACAAGCGUAGUACAUGAACAGAUUGAUUACGUACCGAAUUGGGACAAACUUAUUUGAGGACAGAGGUGCCGUAAUAUGAGGACAAAUGAGGACAGUCGGCCGUCUUAGUACCCAAUGGAUACUUCAGGCAUCCAGACAAUUUCUUGAAGAAAAAACCCAUUAAAAAGUUAAUGGGUUUUUUUCGUCUGAAAGCUAUCCCAGCCAAUCAAAUCUCUCGAAAGAUUUUUUCCAUUCCC